AUGAGAGGUAUAAAGCUAAAAGAAACUGAACUUUUUCUUGUGAAAAAAUUCAAUGAUACUCACACAUGUUCGUUGGAAUUUGUGAAUCAUGGGCACAAGCAAGCAUCAGGAAGGGUGAUUGGUGAUUGCAUCAGGGCCAGAUAUGAAGGUGUUGGGCGUGUUUACAGACCAAAUGACAUAAUUCAGGAUAUUAGAAGAGAAUAUGGCAUUAAUAUUACCUAUGAUAAGGCAUGGAGGGCUAGAGAAUGUGCGCUUUAUUCUCUUCGUGGUUCACCGGAAGAAUCAUUUGCUUACUUACCCCAUUAUUGUGCUGUAUUGGAGAAUAAUAACCCUGGUACAAUUACUCAUAUUGAGUCUGAUGAUGAUAAUCGAUUCAAGUAUUUUUUCAUGGCAAUUGGUGCAAGCUUACGUGGAUUUCAUAGUUCAAUGCGCCCUGUUAUCGUCGUUGAUGGCACCCAUUUGAAGGGUAAGUAUUUGGGUACACUUUUUGUGGCAACUGCUUUGGAUGGAAAUGAGCAAAUUUAUCCAGUUGCUUUUGGCAUUGGUGAUUCUGAGAAUAAUGCAUCUUGGCAAUGGUUUUUUGAAAAAUUACGGGAUGCCAUUACAGUUGAAGACUUCUCACGGUUAUGUAUCAUUUCAGACAGAAAUCCUAGCAUUGAUAGGGCAGUUUCACUUGUAUUGCCUGGUUCAUUUCAUGGCGCAUGUAUCGUCCAUAUCCAACGAAACAUGAAGGCGAAAGGGUUCAACGAAUCUAUCAUCCCUAUAUAUCUUAAAGCUGCUAAGGUGUAUCGAACAUCUGAAUUCGAGCAUUUAAUGAAUCAGUUGCGUAAUGUCGACGGAGGUAGACCUUAUGCUUAUUUAGUUGAAGCUGGUUUCCAUAGGUGGUCUAGAGCACUGUCUUCUGGUAAGAGAUAUAGUAUCAUGACAACGAACAUUGCAGAGUGCUUGAAUGCUAUACUACGAGAUGCUCGAAGUUUGCCGAUUACAAUGCUAGUUGAACAAUUGCGUGCCAAAUUGCAGGAAUGGUUCAGUGCUCGUCGUAAUAACGCAGCAUCUGUCACGUCUUACCUAUGUUGCGAGUGUGACAAGGAAGUUAGAAAGAGAAGCAAUAGGUCACAACGACUAAAUGUUCAACCGAUAAGCCAUAGUGAGUACUAUGUACGAGAUGGUGAUCAAGAUGGACAGGUUGAUCUGCAAAACAAGACCUGUUCAUGCCGUGUGUUUGAUCUUGACCAACUUCCUUGUGUACACGCAUUGGCUGCAUGUCGAGUUCGGAACAUAUCUUUUAAUUCCUUGUGUUCUCCGUACUAUACGAAUGAGGCCCUAAUGUUAGCUUAUGCUGAAGCUAUAUACCCAGUAACUAUUGAGGAUCAACGCAAAGUUAGCGAGGACAACGUAUUGCUCCCACCGGCGACUAGACGUCAAGGGGGGAGGCCAAGACAACGAAGGAUCCCAUCAUCUGGUGAAACUAUAGCAGUGAGGAUAUGUUCCCGGUGUCGACAGCGAGGUCAUAAUCGUCAAACAUGCAAAGAGCCAAUCGCAUUGACUCCAACAUCAUAG